AUGCCUCAGCAAAUCACCGACAUCAAGAAAUUCCUCGAGAUUGCUCGUAGAAAGGACGCCUCGGCGGCCCGCGUCAAGAGCACCACGCGUGCCGAUGGCAAGCAGGUGACCAAGUUCAAGAUCCGAUGCUCGCGCUUCCUCUACACGCUCUCGGUCGACGACAAGCAGAAGGCGGAGAAGCUCAAGCAGUCGCUGCCUCCUGGACUCAACGUUGUUGAGAUCGGCAAGCCCGUUGCCAAGGGCCGCAAGUAA